AUGGUCCGCAUCAAGGAGCGCUAUCUCCUUGUGGACAUCGUCUAUCCAGAGGCUGCCCAGAAUCAAGCCAAGGCGGGGCUUACCCGAUCUCCUCUCAAGUAUCUUUCCAAUGCGACUUCAACUUGCAUUCUCCAGUGCUCACGAGAGCACUACCGCCUCGUCUGGGCGGCUCUUACCAUGAUGAUGCAUGUGCCGACCAAGCAGGGCCCGGGUCUUCCCUGCAUCUUCCGGGUAGUGCGCGUCAGCGGCACGAUCAAGAAGGUCGAAGAAGAGGCCAUCCGACGAGCCAAACAACUGAUCCUCGCGGCCAAAGAUGAGAUGGCCGGGAAGGAAACCAACGCGCUCCACUCCUUGUUCGGCGCGAAGGACUCGACCAACGAUGUGGCGAUGGUUGACCGUGACGACGAAUCUGAUCUUGACGCCGGCGGCUCUGAAGAUAAUGACUGA